UGCAGCUCCACUGAGGGCUCUCAGGCAGGAGAGCUGCUCUCAGUAACCACUCACCCUUAAAAGCAGGGCACAGCUGGGAGUCGUGGAGCAGGGACAGGGCAGCAGGGUGCUGAGCCCUGCCUGCCUCGGGACACUGCCUGGCACGCUCCUGGUGGUGGCAGCCAGUCCUUCCCCGGGCUGCAGGGUAAAUCCAGGCUGCAGAAAGAUGUCAGCUUUAUCCUGAGAGAUGUGGAGCUCAGAUCUCUGAACCCAGAGAUCAGACGUGGCGCUGCUCCAGCAGAGCCUGUCACGGUGUGCAGCACCCAGGAGCAAGGAUUAGAUCUGAAGUAGGGGGUCUUGAUUUAGGACCCAGCUUCUCUGAUGAGCACAGUCAACACCUGUGAACAUCUCAGCUCAGAUGUCAGAGGCUUGACCACUAAACCACCGGAAAGCAUCGUGACUUACUUAGAGGAAAAGAUGAGGGGGCUGAGCCCUGUCCCCCAUGUUCACUCUUCCUUUCCAGGUCUCACAAACCAGAGCCCUGUCCCUGCCCUCUGUGCUGUGCUGAAUUCCAACCUCCCAGCCUUGGAGGUUGCACACCAGAGUCUUCCUCUGACCUUGAGCUGGCUGCCAGUCCUCGGUGUCCUGCCCCAGGGACACUGGAGCAUGUGUCACCUGUGCUGUUCUUUUCAGAGGGAGAUGAAGGUGUUGCUGAGCCUGGCCCUGGUGCUGACAUGGCUGGGGCGGUGCAGCAGCGCUGCCGAGGUGUUCACGGAGCCCCAGCUCCGAGCUAGGGCUGGAGACUCCGUGCUGCUGCAGUGCCUCUUCCUGGACCCCGACAGCAAGGGAUGGACCCUGCACAAGGUGGACUGGCUGCACAAGGCAGGAGCUGGCACGCAGGAGGAGAUGGUGUUUUUCUACUACAGCAACCACGGCGUCCCCGCGGGCCGCUUCAAGCACCGGGUGCAGUGGCGGGGGAACACCUCCCGCUGGGACGGCUCCAUCCUGCUGCAGGACCUGCGUCUCAACGACAGCGGCACCUACGAGUGCGAGCUGCGGCUGCUGGAGACCAGCAGCGUCUUCAGGAGCCGCACGGUGCUGCUCGUCAGCCCCGCGGCACCCAGAGGUGCCGAGGAUGUCGCGUCCCCGAGAGACUCCGGGUUUUGGCCGGCAGUGGUGGGCUGUGGCUGCGUGGCCGUGGUGGUGGCGUUCCUGGCCGGGCUGUGCGUGAGGAAGAGGUUCGCAACCGUGACAGCCCUGGAGAGGAUGGGGAAGAGCAGCAGCAAGGGCAAAGCAGAGGAAGCACUUUACUCCUCAAUCCCUGGAGCCGAGGUGCCCAAGGCUGAGCCGGAAGCAAAGAAGAAGAGGAGAGCUGAGGACACGUACAUAACCAUGCACCCAUCUCACUGCCGGGACAACGGCGUCUACGUGGAGCUGGCCAAGAGGGCCAUCCCGUCAGAAUGGAUGGCAGAGGGGGCACAGGGGCAUGGACACAGCCAGGAGCCCCACAGCAGGCCAGAGGAGGCACUUCCCCAGCCCCCAGAGCGGCAGAAGUAGCUGUGCUGUGGCAUGGCAGCCCCUUUCCAGGUGUGCCCGAGACACAUCUGUCCCUGUGAGGACUGAGAACUGGUGACACGUCACUGUGUGCCCCGUGCCAGGGCACUGCUGGGGCACAGCCCACCCCAGCUGUCUGCAGGGGACCAGGGGACCCCUGUCCCUCCAGCUCUUGCCCCCUGGACUCGAGAGGGUGGGCACAGCUCACGCUCCAGCUCUGAUCCUGGCCCAGGGUGAGGAUCCCCAAGGCGGGAGACGCAGCAGGAGCCGUCACAGUAUUUUUCUGUAGAUAAUAAAACUCAGGGAGCCUUCCCUGAU